CUUAGAGAACUUGCAGAUAAUUCUCUAACCAACCAAUGCCACCGUGGACAUCUUCUCCUUCAGUCUCUCUCCCUCUUCCUCCGCCGUUCUCCGUUCCUAGUUCCCUCCAAACCCACAACUCCAUCGUUGUAACUCCAUCCGAACCUUCUUCUUCCGGGACCCGCUCCAAACAGUUAUGGAUCGACUCACUUCGCUCCCAGGCUCGGGCGAACUCCUUCCAAGAAGCCAUCGCCACUUUCAUUCAGAUGCAGGCUUCCGGCGUUGUACCCGAUAAUUUCGCUUUCCCGGCAGUCUUGAAGGCCACCACCGCCCUUCAAGAUUUGGAUUUGGGGAAGCAGAUUCAUGCAUCUGUUGUUAAACUCGGCUAUGAUUCUCACUCGGUUACCGUUUCUAAUACACUGCUGCAUAUGUAUGCCCGAUGUGGGGAUGAUGUCCGCCAGGUCUUCAAGGUGUUCGACAGAAUUCCCCAAAGGGACCAAGUUUCUUGGAACUCCAUGAUUAAUGCUUUAUGUAAAUUCCAAGAAUGGGAGUUGGCUUUAGAGGCGUUUCGUUUGAUGGGAUUGGAGAGAAUCGAGCCUAGUUCGUUUACUCUGGUUAGCGUAGCUCUUGCGUGUAGUAACUUGAAUAGGCAUGAUGGGUUAAGGCUUGGAAGGCAAGUUCAUGGGUAUAGUCUGAGAGUUGAUGAUAUGAAAACUUUUACGAACAAUUCUUUGAUGGCAAUGUAUGCGAAAUUGGGGAGAAUCGAAGAUGCUAAGGUCGUAUUCGAGUCUUUCGGUAACAACGACAUGGUUUCUUGGAACACCGUCAUCAGUGCAUUUUCGCAAAACGAUAGGUUCAACGAGGCACUUGAGUAUUUCAGCUUUAUGGUAGAUGAAGGACUUAAGCCUGACGGGGUCACAAUUUCGAGUGUGCUUCCUGCGUGUUCCCAUUUGGAGUUAAUCGACGCUGGAAAAGAGAUCCAUGCUUAUGUAUUCAGGAAUGGUGAUUUAUUGAGGAAUUCGUAUGUGGCCAGCGCUUUAGUAGACAUGUAUUGCAACUGUAAGCAAGUUGUUAGUGGGCGGAGAGUUUUCGAUACUGCAGUCGACAGGAGGCUUGCACUCUGGAAUGCUAUGCUUACUGGUUAUACGCAAAACGGGUUUUAUACGGAAGCAGUGCUGUUAUUCAUGAACUUGAUGACCGUCCUGGGUCUUCUUCCUAACCCAACAACAAUGGCUAGUGUUUUGCCGGCGUGCGUGCACUGUAAAGCUUUUGCGGAUAAAGAGGCUAUGCACGGCUAUGUUUUGAAGUUGGGUCUCGGGAAGGAUAGAUAUGUACAAAAUGCAUUGAUGGACUUGUACUCUAGGAUAGGAAAAAUAGAUAACACGAAAUAUAUGUUUCACGAUAUGGAGAGCAAAGAUAUGGUGUCUUGGAAUACAAUGAUAACUGGUUGUGUGGUCUGUGGUUACCACGAAGAUGCUCUAGUUUUGCUACAUGAAAUGCAAAUCGCUGGAGGGAAAGGUGCAGAAGAGGAUAGGUUUGACGGCAAAAUUGAGGUCUCGUUUAAACCUAAUUCAGUAACACUCAUGACUGUCCUUCCUGGCUGCGCUGCGUUAGCAGCUCUAACGAAAGGAAAAGAGAUUCAUAAUUAUGCCAUUAGGAAUGGACUGGAGUCGGAUGUUGCCGUUGGAAGUGCGUUGGUUGAUAUGUACGCAAAGUGCGGUUGCUUGUAUAUGGCUCGGAGAGUUUUCGAUAGGAUGCCAAUUAGAAACGUAAUAACAUGGAACGUUAUCAUCAUGGCUUACGGGAUGCAUGGAGAAGGAGAGGAGGCGCUGACACUCUUUGAGAAUAUGGUGGCUGAAGUAAAGCCAAACGGGGUUACUUUUAUUUCUGUAUUUGCGGCGUGCAGUCAUUCCGGGAUGGUUGACAAAGGGCGGGAGUUGUUCCACAGAAUGAAAAACGAACACGGACUCGAACCGAACGGCGAUCAUUACGCGUGUGUUGUUGACUUGCUUGGUCGAGCAGGUCGACUGGAUGAAGCAUGUGAAAUCAUCGAUUCCAUGCCUAGUGGCCUCGAUAAGGUAGGGGCGUGGAGUAGUUUGUUGGGUGCUUGUAGGGUCCACCAAAAUGUACAGCUUGGGGAAAUUUCAGCCAUGAAACUGCUCGAGUUGGAACCGAAUGUUGCUAGCCAUUAUGUUCUACUUUCCAAUAUAUAUUCUUCAGCCGGGCUCUGGGAAAAAGCUAACAAGGUGCGGAAGAAUAUGAAAGAAACGGGGGUUAGGAAAGAGCCUGGAUGCAGUUGGAUCGAGUCAGGUGAAAAGGUCCACAAGUUCUUGGCUGGUGACACAUCGCAUCCCCAAAGCGAGCAGCUUUACGGGUAUCUGAAUGAUUUAUUUGGCAGAAUGAAGAGGGAAGGCUAUGUGGCGGACACGUCAUGUGUUCUUCACAAUGUUGACGAGCAAGAAAAGGAGAACUUGCUGUGCGGACACAGCGAACGAUUGGCAAUUGCGUUUGGUCUGCUUAAUACCCCUCCGGGCACGCCUAUUCGGGUGGCCAAGAAUCUUAGGGUUUGUAACGACUGCCAUUCUGCCACAAAAUUCAUCUCCCGAAUCGUGGAUAGGGAGAUUGUUGUGAGGGAUGUGAGGAGAUUCCAUCAUUUUAAGGAUGGAGCUUGCACCUGUCGGGAUUAUUGGUGAUGUUUAUAGUCGGGACAUGUUUUGCCCAGUAUAAUUGGUUAAUACAAAAAACAGUGUCGUAAAUCUUUCCUUUAAGCCCCGUUUACUCUUAAUAUCUGUGUGAUAUACUAUGAUUGUUAGAUAAUAACAUACAUACAUACAUAGAUGCAUAAAAUUUUCUUGGUGC